AGAGCCAGAGGGAAACCGACGCCGGCGCUGACAUGGGCCUCCAGCCCCGGUGCCGCUCGGAGCCCACGGAGGGGACAGCGCAGCCGCGCCGGCCGGGCGCUCGCGUCUCUGGGGACCCAGCCCUAUGAUCUCCUCCUUGUCACCCCCUCCACCCGCCGGACUUCAGAUCUGACCCCCAACCCGCCUGCCGCCCUCGGGAGGCCCGCCCCCCAGCACAAUGCCUAUCCUCAAGCAGCUCGUGUCCAGCUCGGUGCACUCCAAGCGCCGCUCCCGCGUGGACCUCACGGCUGAGAUGAUCAGCGCCCCCCUGGGCGACUUCCGGCACACCAUGCACGUGGGCCGGGCGGGGGAUGCCUUUGGGGACACCUCCUUCCUCAACAGCAAGGCCGGCGAGCUGGACGGUGAGUCCCUGGAUGAGCAGGCCUCCUCCUCGUCCUCCAAACGCAGCCUCCUGUCGCGGAAGUUCCGGGGCAGCAAGCGGUCGCAGUCGGUGACCCGGGGGGACCGGGAGCAGAGGGACAUGCUGGGCUCCCUGCGGGACUCGGCUCUGUUCGUCAAGAACGCCAUGUCCCUGCCCCAGCUGAACGAGAAGGAGGCGGCCGAGAAGGGCUCUGGCAAGCUGCCCAAGAGCCUGUCGUCCAGCCCCGUGAAGAAGGCGAGCGCCGGGGAGGGCGGCCAGGAGGAGGCGGGCGAGGGCGAGCUUGGGCCUCGGCGGAACGGGGCCGCCGCCCCCCACUCCCCGGACCCCCUCCUGGACGAGCAGGCCUUCGGGGACCUGACGGAGCUGCCCGUCGUGCCCAAGGCCGGCUUGGGGCUCAAGCACGCCGAGUCCAUCAUGUCCUUCCACAUUGACCUGGGGCCGUCCAUGCUGGGCGACGUCCUCAGCAUCAUGGACAAGGAGGAGUGGGAACCGGAGGAGGAGGAUGGCGGUUACCACAACGACGGGGCCGCGGCCCGCUGCGGCCCCCUGCAGGCUCCCGUGGUGGCCGCAGCGGCCCCUCCCCGGGCCAGGCAGGAGGGCGCGGCCGGCGGGGACCUGCCCCAGGACGAGGGGUGGGCGGCGGCCCCCAGCCCGGCCUCGGCCCACAGCGAGGGCAGCCACACCCCGCGGGACAGCAGCUCCCUGUCCAGCUGCACCUCGGGCGUCCUGGACGAGCGCAGCCCGGCCUCCCGGGGCCCCGACAGGGCCCGGGCCCCACUGGCCCGGCAGCCCGACAAGGAGUUCUCCUUCAUGGACGAGGAGGAGGAUGAGGAGAUCCGAGUGUGAGUGAGGGGCUCCUGGCGGGGCUCCGUCUCCUCCCUGCCCCCGGGGCCGCCGCCCCCUUCCCUGCCCCGUCCUGUGCAGGGCAGCCAAGAACCCUGGACUCUCCCGGGCGCGGGGAGCUGGCGGGGGCUGCAGGGUGGGCGCAGCCCUGCUGAGCGCUGCGGCACAGGAACCUUUCCUCCGCCCCGGCCUCAGGUGGAUGCCACUGGCGGCCACGUUCCUGCCUCGUCUGGCCGCCGCAGCUCAGCCCCGGGGUGGCCGGGGGCCACGGCUAAGGACGCUUGGCUCACCUUCCCUCUCCUGGCGUUUCUGCUGCGACUGGUGGCGUGUGGCAGGAGGAAGGGUGGUCACGGCCCCUGGCCCCUCCGUCCCUCAUCCCCAGCUCCUGCACCACAAGCCUGGAGCCCCUCGGAGCAAAGCCGGACCAGAUGUGUGCACUAAACGCAGCCCCUUCCAGGGGACGAGAACGGGAUGGGGAACGAAAGGAGGCCCCGGGCUUCUUGAAUUUUCUAGAAGGGGCUCUUUCCAGGAUGACACUAGGAACAGGCUGGGCGCUCACUCGCUCGGUCCCUGUUGAUUUGUUUGUUCUUCUUGUUCUUCUUGUUUAAAUCCUUCCAGAGCGGUAUCUGGAACAGUGUUAGCAGGUCUGCCGCCAGAAGGCAAAUCAGAUCCUUUUAGAAAACCUUUAUACUAAGUGCUUCCAAACUUUAUUUAGAACUGUAUGGGGUGGGUGUCCGUGCAUGUCUGUCCCUCCUCCCACCCCAUAGCUACUAACAAUUGAAGGCAGCCGGUGUAGAAAAUUUCUGGAAGGUGAUUUUUUAAAAAAAAUAAUAUAUCAUUCCUAUGGAGGGAUAAAAAGCUUUUUUGCCCGGAUUACCCCCCCCAUACACACACACACACACACACACACACGCACGCACGCACACACUACUUCCUCUUCCUUCAGGCCUUUUCUGCCGGCAGGACCCCCUCCCCCACCCCUGAGGGCCCUGAGGGUAUAGAGUUGCCAGAUUCAACAACAGAACAAAACCAGAAUGCUGACAUAAAUUAGAAUAUCGGGCAUACAGAGGAUAAUUUUUUAGAUCUAAGUAUGCCCUGUGCCACGUUUGGAACAUACUUAUGCUAAAAAAAAAAAAAUGAUGGGUUCUUCUGAAAUUCGAAUUUCACUCUGGCCCUUAUAACCCUGCGCCAGGGGAUUGAGUGGGAGCUUGGGUGUGUGGCCCAGGGUUAACGGAUGCUGAUUUUCCUGUCCUGGGAAUAAGCUAACCCACCUUCUCCUGUCCCCUUGUAGCAGUGUGGGGAGGGGACAGACACAAGUACCACGGGCCCCAGGCCGGGGCCGGCGGGUGUAGCUGCUCCGGUCUGCCGUGUUUUGUCAGAUCCUGAUCCAGACACUAACUUAGUUCCUGAUUCCAGCAUUGUUUCUAGUAGCGCAGCUCCCACUAGGGGAGGAAUGAGAAGGGGCCGUGCAGCCCCAGCCAGCUACCCUUGAAACCCAUGCAGACCCAGUGGUCAGUUCCAGAUUCUAAACUGUAUAUUUUUUUCAUGGUAUUGUUAAAACAGUGAGGAAACA